AAGAAGGGAGAGCAAGCCAAGCAGUGAUAGGGGGUCGAUGCGGUGCAGUCGCCUCCCCGUCUCCGGGUAGCCUCGCCGCGGCAGCCGCCGCAGGAGAAGCCAAGCCGCCCCGCGCCAUGGAGCCCAAGUCGUCGGCGGCUGCGCAGGGCGACGCGCCGGCCGAGCCCCCCCGCCGCCGCGGCGGUGGCGGCAAGCGCAAGUCGGGCGGGUCGUCGUUCACGCCGUCGAAGAGGCACGCCAAGGAGCGGAACGCCGCCUUCCACGUUCCCCCUCACCUGCUGCACAGCGGGCCGCUCACCCGCGCCGCGCGCCAGUCGCCGCUCAAGCACGCGGGCAGCCCGGCGCCGGAGGAGGCGGGGGCCGGCGGAUCGGGGGCGAGCGGCAGGAAGGGCGACGGGGACGUGAUCCGGCUCGAUGGGGAGGAGGCACCCAGCGAGGAGACGCCCCUGGUGGACGAGACGUUCGAGGCCGUCCGAUCCCGCGACGCCGGCAUCCAUGUGGUCCCUACCUUCGCCGGAUGGUUUUCGUGGAAAGAAAUACACCCAGUUGAGAAGCAAAUGCUGCCUUCUUUUUUUAAUGGCAAAUCUGAAAAGCGGACACCUGAGAUAUACUUGGGGAUCAGAAACUUCAUCAUGUUGAAAUUUCAUGCUAAACCUCAGUUGCAGCUGGAGUCCAAAGAUUUAGCUGAACUGUCAAUUGGGGAGGUUGAUGCUCAGCGGGAAGUAUUGAAGUUCCUGGACCACUGGGGCUUGAUCAAUUUCCACCCUUUUUUACCAGCUGGACAAGAGGAAAGUAAACCAGAGGAGGCCCAUAGUAAUUCUCACUGUGAGGAGAAAACUUCACAGCUUGAGCAACUGUUUAAAUUUGAAUCAGUUCAAUCAUAUAUGAUCCCUUUACCCAAGAAAGGCGAGGUGGAAACUCCAGCUCCUCUGCCUAGCUUGCUUCCUGAUCCUUCACUAGUUGAAGAUGUAGUUUCAGCAGCCGAGCCCUCUGUUGAGUACCAUUGCAAUUCCUGCUCAGUUGAUUGCUCAAAGAAGCGUUACCAUUGCCGGACCCAGGCAGAUUUUGAUCUUUGUUCUGAUUGCUACAAUGAGGGGAAGUUUGAUAUAGGCAUGGCAAAAACUGAUUUUAUCCUUAUGGAUUCUUCUGAAGUUUCUGGCGCUAGUGGUACUAGUUGGACUGAUGAGGAGACAUUGCUUCUUUUAGAAGCUUUGGAAAUUUUUGGUGGAAAAUGGACUGAGAUAGCUGAACAUGUUGCUACAAAAACAAAAGCUCAGUGUAUGCUGCACUUCCUUCAAAUGCAAAUUGAGGACCGAUUUCAUGGUGAUGAAGAUGUUAAUCAUAAUAUCCAGGAAGGCACAGAGCAAGCUUCAACAGAAAAAGGUGCUGUUGACAUACCAGAGAAGAUGGAAGUUGAAGAUAAAGCAGAAGGGAAAGAUAUUGCGGGUGAUAAACCUGCAGAGAAAACAGAGGACAAUUGUGUAGAAGCACAAACAGAAGAUGGAAAUGCUAUUGAAAAUAAAGAUACCGAUAAUUCAGGUGGCACAGAUUCAGUUAAAUCUCCCAAAACUAAUGAGCAAGAAAAAUCUUCUGACACUGACCCUAUACUGAAGGACAAUUCUGUUGGUGUUGAUACUUCUCAAGAAAAUGCAUCAAGUUUUGCUAUUGAUACCUUGAAAUCUGCAUUUGAGUCUGUUGGUUACUUUCCAGAACAUGAAGGUUCAUUUGCUGAUGCAGGAAAUCCUGUUAUGGCACUGGCAGCGUUUUUGGCUGGUCUUGUGGAAGAUGACACUGCAACCAAUUCAUGCCGAAGUUCACUAAAAGCUGUCUCCGAGGUUUCUCCUGCACUCCAGUUGGCAACCAGACAUUGCUUUAUUCUUGAGGAUCCACCAAAUGAUGUGAAAGAUAUGUCUGGCAGUGCAAGUACUACAAAUACAGAUGUUGAUCAAACAAUAGACGUGGAUAAGACUCAAAACUCACUUGAUAGUGAGGUAGAAGGCAUGAAUGAAAAGGAAGAGGCAGUUCCACCUGCGAAAGAGAAAAGAAAGUCACCCAUUUCACUAAAAGAUCUCCAUGACGCAGACAAGAAGGAUGAAUGUGAUGAGGACCCUCCAGUGGAUCCUAAAUUGAAGGAUGGGAAAGAGUCAGGUGGUCCUGUUUCUCUGCAUAAAGGUGUGCCCAACAGAAAAAAAGGUAUAAACUCUAGUAAAGAAUGUCCACUGAAUAUUGCAAAUCAAUGUGGCAUCAUAGCUUCUCAAGGUUUUGUCUCAGGAAAUACUAUGGAAGCAAAUAAUCCUGAAAUGGUGAAGGACAAAUCAAGUUUUGAAGUGAACCCGGCUGACGAUCCUUCUUCAGAAGGCAAGGUUGAGAUGAACAAGACAGACAAUGCAGUUGCUAAUGCAUCUACUGUGCAAGAACAAAAGCAAAGCCAAACAUUGGAAAAUGGCAGCAUGGAAGAACCUAAGAGUAAGGAAGAUGUUGCUGCCGAUGGAGAGAACGGCUCUAAAGUGACGGCCAAGCUGACGGAUUCCAUAACUAGGCUGAAACGAGCAGCAGCUACAGCUAUUUCUGCGGCUGCUGUGAAGGCAAAACUCCUUGCUGACCAUGAGGAAGAACAGAUCCGUCAGCUGGCUGCGCUGAUGAUUGACAAACUGUAUCGGAAAGUAGAGGCGAAGGUGUCUUUUCUUACAGAAGUUGAACACCUGGUCCAGAGAACAAGGGAAUUCACUGAAAAGACCAGGAAGAAGCUUCUGAUGGAGCGAAAUGCGAUAAUCGCCGCUCGCAUGGGCUCAUUGCCGUCUAGGCCAAACCAGCCUGGUGCACCCGGCAACAGAUUACCGGCUGGAUACGGAGGCCCUGUCGUGAGACCACCACCAAAUGCAAUGUCCCGCCCUAGCAGCUGAUCGAGCUGACCAAGGAGAUCCAGACAACUAGUGCUGUAUACCCUCAUUCUUUUAGAGGGAUAUCUCGAAAGCCAUGAGCCAUGUUGUAGCAGUACCAUUCUUUUAGAAGCAGAAGACGAUCUGUUAUUACUGCAUAAUUGCCUCUAUAAAAUUUUUCGCGAUUUUUACUU